UCAAUUUGGAUGAAUUCAUGAUUCAUAUUGACCUUUUAUGAAGAAAUGAAUUUCGUUUCAACAAUAAUAGUAUUGUCUUUCAUUAAAAGCGAAUUUACAAUAGUUUGCCAAAACUUCACCUUAUAAUUUGUUUACAAGUUUAUAUACAAAUUUCUACUCAUCAAUAGAUGUUUUCCUAUUUUAAUUUCUAUAUCUAUUGAAAAGAGUAAUUGGUCGCAACACAACAUUAACACGACUUUUUAAAUCGACAUCAAUAAAAAGAAGAAAAUAGUAUAAUUCCAUUGAUUGUUAAACCAAACCAAAAAAAAAAAAAAAAAAAAAAAAAAAAAAAAAAAAAAAACCAACUUAAUUUGCAUGUCAUAAUGUUUAAAUUAUAUCUUAACAUGGUUUCCCACUUUCCCUCACAAAAAUGCACAUAGACCACAACAUUGAUUAGCUCCCUUCCUUCUCCAAGAGAAAAAUCAAUACCAUAAUGCUAAAUUAAUGAUGGUUACAAUUAAAUGCAGGAAUAGAUAACACUAAUUAUAGAUUACGAUGUUUGUGCUAAUAUUAGUGGAAAAUAUGAUCAUUAUAACAAAAUCUAGCAACCUCCUAUAUUCUCUAAACUAAUUUUUUUGUUUUUCAACAUUUUGGUCUUUUGUUAGUGUUUUAAACCCUUGGAAUAAUUGCUACAAGGUCACCCAUGACGAUAUUAUUUCUUCUAUUAUGCCUAACUUCAUUGGUAUACAACGUCGAUGGCAAACCUAAAUUAAAGGGUGGCCCUGGAAUUGGUCCUCCGGCUACACCGGUACCGUCUGGAGCAGUUUUUGAUAUCACCAAACAUGGUGCUACACCUGGUGCUGCUGAUGAUACCGACGAUGAAGGAGAAUCUGCCAAUUCUUUGGCAUUUAUCCAGGCAUGGAAGGCAGCAUGUGGUGGCAUAGGGGCAACAAGAGUACUAAUUCCGAAAGGGAUAUUUGUGACAGGUCCAGUUAUAUUUGCUGGACCAUGCAAAGCUAAAGUUACAGUUGAGAUUCAAGGUAAUGUGUUGGCUAACACUGAUAUUAGUCUCUACUCUGAGCCUCAUGUCAUCAUGUUUGAGAAUGUCGAAGGCGUCACCUUAACCGGUACCGGUGUCGUUGAUGGCCAAGGUGCUAAACACUGGCAGAGCAACGAUUGCUCUAAGAACUCCAAUUGUGCCGCGCUGCCUACUUCCAUCAAAUUCCACAGGGUGAACAACAGUGUGAUUGAAGGAGUUCAAUCAGUAAAUCCCAUGUUUUUCCACAUGUUUGUUAGCAACUGCCACAAUGUGACAAUUCGUAAUGUGAAAAUAGCAGCUCCGUUUAAUAGCCCUAACACUGAUGGAAUUCACAUUGGGAGCUCCGAUCUUGUUACAAUCGCCGAUAGCCUAAUUGGCACCGGUGACGAUUGUGUCUCUAUAGGCCAUGGAUCCAGACAAAUCACAGUCACGGGUGUUACAUGUGGUCCUGGACAUGGUAUCAGUGUGGGAAGCCUUGGAAAGUAUAAUAACGAGUUAGAAGUAGUAGGGGUGCUAGUUAAAAAUUGCACUCUUAGUGGAACAACAAAUGGUGCAAGAAUCAAGACUUGGCCAGGAAAUAAGGCAAAUAAAGCUUCUGCAAUCACAUAUGAAGAUUUGAUUAUGGAUCAUGUAAAGAAUCCAAUUAUCAUUGACCAACAAUAUGGCAAGAAAAAAAGCUCUGAGGCAUCUCAUGUGAAAAUUAGUGAUGUGCACUUCAAGAACAUAAGAGGAACCUCAGCCACAACAGAGUUGGUGACUUUUGCAUGCAGUCCAGCAUUACCUUGUGAAGGUAUUGAGGUAGCCGAUGUAAACCUCUCUUUUGAAGGGAAAGCUGUGUUACAUAAACUUAAAAAGCCACUUGGGGCAAUUGGUAAUUUGGCAACUACUUGUAUGAAUGCCAAAGUUAUCUUCAAUGGUAAGAAUGGGGGUAUUGGUUGCAAGUAAUUCAUUAUUUCAUUCUAAUAAUGAAUUUGAACAUGAGUUUGUGCCUAAUUUUAUCUUGUACUCCUUUUUUAAUUUUAAGGGCCAAUACAAAGUGAUAGAUAGUGAGAGAAUUUGAGAAAAUAUAAAAGAGAAUGAUUUCAUUUUUUUUUUACUGAUGAAAGUGGCCUACUUUUACGUUUGUUAUUAUAAAUCUUUGAUUCAUGCAGCCGACGUACCCUAUUCUAUUGGGAUUAAGGCUCUGAUACUGUUGUUGUUGUUGUUAUUGUAUACUUAUGAGAAGUUUUCUUGUAGAAUUUAAUGUAAAUUAGCACACAUUUUGCUUGUACAUACGCUCAUUUCCGGCCUUCCAUUAGAAAAAUUCUUGUCUAGUAUGCAAGGCUACAAGCUAAUGAAUUUGAUUUUAAUUAG